AUGUUCACGCAUUGCAGGUUCUACGCGAAGGAUAAACAACGUGUCCACUUGACAGUACUCCCGGAUAUUCCGGCCCGCCGCUUCUCCUCCUUGCCCGAGCCAAUAUCCGCCGGAAUCUGUGCCGCUGAAGGGGGCAACUACUUGAGCGCGGGAUAUUGGUGGCGGUCCGGUGAUCUCGGGGCCAUUCGACGAUUCAGUCAAAGAAACCGACGCGACGAAAUGUUCAACGCGCGCCGAGUUGUGCGAGCUAGCCUCGAAGAGGACACGAAGGUCUUCCGCCGGGUGGAGGGCAUCACGCUGACAUGGGUAGAAGUACUCGUCGUCGUCACCCUCUAUAUCACAGCCAUGGUCUCACUGCUACUCAUCUUCGAACUGAUCAAGCCAUCACUCUACCUUUUC